AGCUAUGAGAGAUCAAGAACAUUCUAAGCUCUCGUAAUCUCGAAAUUCGAUGACGUGAUGUGCAAUCUCGAGACUUUACUACCUGUUCCUUUGUGAGUAUGAACAAAGCGUUUCCGAAAUUCUCGACCGCUGAUAAACUGGCGACAAACGACGGCGUACCAGGUCAAGUAACUGUAUGCGAAAGGUGCAAAGUGAAGCGUACGUAUGCAUUAUGUGUGUAUGUGUGUGUAUGUGCGUGCGUGUGAAAAGUACAUAUAAUGUCCGUGAAGCAGACCCGCGAAUUGCAGUUGGUGGCAAAUCGCACGACAAAGCCACGGGAUGUGGCUCGUGUCGGUUUUCCUCGCGUGUGGUCUCGUCUUCCCGGCGAGCCCCUCAAGAUGCCCGGAACCGAGAAAACCGCACCUCACCAGCUGCACAGUUUUCUACAACUGCGUGAAUUUACCCGGCGGUGGUUACGUGUGGGUGCCGUCGAGAUGCACCGAAGGCUUGGUGUUCCAGCCGUAUUUGCGAAUGUGCGUGGUUCCGGGCGAUAUCUGGACGUGCGACACGCUCUCGACCGAUCCGACCAUCGUGACGCAGCGGUACCAGACGCCUGAACCGAUCAAUCCGGCGGAUACCAGCUAUUUGGGAUACACGCCGGACUCUUCGGACUUCUCCGAGGCGCUCGACUCGUCCUACGUGAUAGACGACGACGCCACCGAGUUAACGACUGAAGCAGCGACCGCGUAUCCAUUGAUCGAGUUCGAGGAGUCGCACAGCGAGUCGCCGCAAGGCGAUAAAAGCGCGAGGAACGUAUCGUAUCACAAGCAGGAGAAUUACUCGCUCGAGUACACGCAUAGCUAUUGGCGGAUACCGUUGCCUCUGAUGCAGAAAUACAAGGGCAUCGUGAAUAGUCAUGACAAAUGUCUGAGCGAGCUGAUCAGUCGACUGCACGUCUACAAGGAAUUGUCGACCGCGAUAACGACGGGCUCCCUAUCGGUGCCCAUCAAAGUCGCCACGACCGUGAGCUCGACUCACCGACAAAACGUGUCGUUGGACAGUCAUAUCGGGGAAACUCAGCUGCAAAACGAUAAACCAGGUGAGCCAGAAGGGAAUGAUGAAGCUCAGAUAGAAAACAUCGCGCCGACAGACAGCGUCACGACGGAGGGCACGUUGCAACAGUUGAUCAACGGUCUGGACCCUGACAACAACGUGAUACGGAUCAGCGACAAUCUCGGGAGCCAUCGUUACCUCACGAUCGACGAAUAUAAAACCGUGAGUCACCAACUGAAGCCGCGAUUCGUCAGUGUCGUGGCGUGCACGGAGAACAUCCGCCUGCCGAAUCGGACCGCCUGCGACAGGUAUUACAUGUGCGACCCAAGAACAGCGUCAGUCACGGACUACUCGUGCCCGCUGCACACGGCUUUCAACAUGAACUCGCGCAUCUGCGACGUCGAAAGCGCGAAGACUUGCAGCAUCGACAAGUCUCUGGCGAGUAAAACGUUCGUUGACCACGCCAAGGGCAGAGACACAACGGGGCGUAAGGAGAAAGAAUCGGAUGAGAAACCAUGCCGAGAGCUCGGCAAAGUAAAGGAUCCCGCUUCGGACUCUCAUUAUUAUAUCUGUUAUAGUACGUCGGAAUCGGAAGAUGUAAAAUCGAUCCGAAUGACGUGUCCGAACGCCUUAAUAUUUUGCCAGCACAAGAAGGUGUGCACCACCAAACGCCUCUGCGACACGUCGUGACAAACGCGUGCGCGUUUCUUCUCUUUUUUUUUCUUU